CUCUUUCACACAAGGAACCCAGGUCUUUCCCGCCUACUCUGUAUCUUUCACUCAACAUGAACUACGAGCAGAGACUUAUCGCGGCGGCGAAGUACGUCUUCGCCGGCGAUUCACGCGCCGGCGACGUGCCGGUCAACUGUGCCGAUUUCGGGGUCACUGCGACACUUAAACCCCACCAAGUCGAAGGAGUCUCUUGGCUCAUACGGAGAUACAAUCUCGGCGUCAACGUCAUCCUCGGAGAUGAGAUGGGACUGGGGAAGACACUGCAGGCUAUCUCUUUCUUGAGCUAUUUGAAGGUUUGUCAGAUGACACCCGGGCCAUUUUUGGUUUUAUGUCCUCUUAGUGUGACUGAUGGUUGGGUGUCAGAGGUAGCCAACUUCACUCCAAAAUUAAGAGUCCUUCGUUAUGUUGGCGAGAAAGAACUCAGGCGUGACUUACGCAGAAAAAUGUCUGAGCACGUAAAAGAGCAGUCCUUACAAUCUGAUGUAUCAUCAUUACCUUUUGAUGUGCUAUUAACUACGUAUGACAUAGCAUUGAUGGAUCAGGAUUUUCUCUCUCAAAUUCCAUGGCAUUUUGCAAUUAUAGAUGAAGCUCAAAGACUCAAAAAUCCUUCCAGCGUAUUGUAUAAUGUCCUUAGAGAGCGCUUUGUUAUGCCAAGACGGUUAUUGAUGACUGGCACCCCUAUUCAGAACAACCUUACUGAACUCUGGGCUUUGAUGCAUUUUUGUAUGCCUUCAAUUUUUGGGACAUUGGAGCAAUUCCUUUCCAAAUUUAAGGAUGCCGGAAACUCUUUACCAGUUCACAAUGCAGCAAAAGUGAAGGAACAAUUUAAAAUUUUAAAGUAUAUAUUGGGAGCAUUUAUGCUUAGAAGAACGAAAUCUACGCUCAUCAAGUCUGGAACUCUUAUGCUGCCGCCUCUUACUGAAAUCACUGUGAUGGCACCCUUGGUGGCCCUGCAAAAGAAGGUGUAUAUGUCAAUAUUGAGAAAGGAGCUUCCUAAGCUUCUCGCAUUAUCUUCCGGAGCUUCUAGUCAUCAAUCCUUACAAAAUAUUGUAAUACAGCUACGGAAAACAUGUAGUCAUCCUUAUCUUUUCCCUGGUAUCGAGCCUGAACCAUACGAAGAAGGGGAACACCUGGUUCAGGCUAGUGGCAAACUUAUAAUCUUGGACCAACUACUUCAGAAGCUACAUGAUUCUGGAAAUCGUGUUCUUUUGUUUGCUCAGAUGACCAAUACACUUGACAUCUUACAGGAUUUUCUGGAAUUAAGGAAAUAUUCUUAUGAGCGUCUUGAUGGAUCAAUUCGUGCUGAGGAACGCUUUGCUGCAAUAAGAAGUUUUAGCCGACAACCAGUAAAGGGGAAUUCAUAUCUUCAAGCUGAUCAGAAUGAAGCAUUUGUCUUUAUGAUUUCUACAAGAGCUGGGGGAGUUGGCUUGAAUCUCGUGGCUGCUGAUACAGUUAUAUUUUAUGAGCAAGAUUGGAAUCCCCAAGUGGACAAGCAGGCUCUGCAGCGGGCACAUCGGAUUGGUCAGAUAAAUCACGUGUUGUCUAUAAACCUAGUCACCGGACGUACUAUAGAGGAGGUUAUCAUGCGCAGAGCAGAGAGGAAGUUGCAGCUUAGCCACAAUGUCGUAGGAGAGGAUGUUACGGACCGUGAAGGAAAGGAAAUGGCAGGAGCUGAAGUUGGUGACUUGCGAUCUGUCAUGUUUGGGUUACAUAUGUUUGAUCCUACAGAUGUAGAUAAUGAAAAAUCAGAUCAAACUAUGCCAGAAUUGAAUGCUAUGGCUGAAAAGGUAAUUGAAUUACGCCACAAACAGCAAUCAAACAAGGAUGAAAGGAUGUUUGAGAUUCAUUCAGUGAACCUAUUAAAUGGAAACGAUAUUUUGGAAAAGGAUCCAGCUUCUGUCACUUCUGAUCCUGGUUUUGAUGAAGCUUCAUAUCUCUUGUGGGUAGAAAAGAUAAAAGAAGCAUCACAGGCUAAUGAUAAUUCUAUUGUGGAGUUGGGAAAUAGGAGAAGCUUGCCCAAGGAGAAGCAUUUAAAAGCUGAGAUUGCAAGGAAAGAGGCAGAGGAACAAAAGUUGUCCAAGUGGGAAGCUCUUGGAUACCAUUCAUUAUCCCUGCAGGAUCCUAUAUGCCCUGCAGAAACUGAUGCGAUGUCAGAUUCAGGUUCUGUUCAUUUUGUUUAUGGAGACUGUACACGUCCAUCAAAGGUUUGUCCAUCAGAGCAAACAGUCAUACUCAGCUGUGUUGAUGACUCUGGAAACUGGGGCAACGGAGGUAUGUUUGAUGCAUUGGCCAAACUUUCAGCAAGUAUUCCUAGUGCGUAUCAACGAGCAUCUGAAUUUGGAGACCUCCAUCUGGGUGAUCUCCAUCUUAUAGAAAUCAAUGAGGACCUUGAUGAACACAUUAAGGAUAUUAAUGCUCGUCAGUGGGUGGCUUUGGCUGUUGUACAAUCGUACAAUCCUAGGCGUAAAGUCCCUCGCAGCAAUAUCUCUAUUCCUGAUUUGGAGCGCUGCAUAUUGAAAGCAUCAUUCUCGGCUGCUCAAAAUUCUGCUUCAAUCCACAUGCCACGAAUCGGGUAUCAAGAUGGAUCAAAUCGCUCAGAAUGGUAUACUGUUGAACGUCUUUUACGCAAGUAUGCUGCUAUGUAUGGCAUCAAGAUUUUUGUCUAUUAUUUCCGACGUUCAUCUUGAGGCUGGACAGAUCUUCCUGUGAGAUAUCCUUGGUGCUGAUGUCCUUUUAUGAAACUGACUGUUGUGACUUCGUUGUUGGCUUGCUUUUGUAUACCAUUUGAGGAUUUAUUUUUAUUUUUCCCUUGUCUUGAAGCAGUUUCUCUAUGGAUGCAUUUUUUCUUGUACAUAUUUUUUUAAAAAAUGUGUUCUCCAAUGGGUUAGUACGAAA